AAGAUUGUCUAUAAAGAACCAUGAAUAUAGCAUCACUAAAUGUCGUAACAAUAAUAUUCACUCUUGUAGCAGGGGAUAACAAGUCGAAUUUAUCCUAUAUUUCGUGUCCGUUCGAUCAUCGAUGCAUAUGUUCAACAUCGCCUAUUCUUGAUAUAGAUUGCAAUAACACACAGAUAACAAGGAACGAUAUCCCAUAUUUUCCUCGUAAUGUGAACCAACUCAAUUUGGGAUUCAAUUUUCUGGUGCAAAUUCGAAACAAUACGUUCCAUCUGAUGCACGAAUUAUCGAAACUAGAUUUGUCAUGGAAUGAAAUAACUGUCAUAGAAGAAGGAACAUUUGAUGACCUACAUAAUCUACAAGAAUUGCAUUUCGAAGGCAAUUUGAUAAACUGCAGCCAAGGCGCACUUCCAAUGAGUGUUUUCAAAUCACUUACGUCUCUAAAAUUUCUAAAUGUAGCAAAAAUGCAGAACUGUAAAAGAUUUCCGGAUUUUAUAAUAUCUGGUCUCACCCGUCUUGAAAGCAUAGUCAUUGAUAUAAGACCAAUAGUUGCAGUUCCCGAGUUUGGAGUUGGUUAUCUGUCACUGAAACACUUCAAACGGCUAAAGGCUGGAUUUUGUAUAUUGCUAGGGGUUGACAAAGACACAUUUGUAAAUCUUCCAUACGUUGAGUAUUUAGAUCUGCAAAACUGUUUAUUAAUGCAAAUAGAGAGCAAAACAUUUACUGCAAACACAAACUUAACAUAUUUGGAUAUAUCAAAUAAUAAUUUGCUAAUCGAUGUGUUUCCUAUUUUAUCUCAAGCACUUCCUAAUUCAUUGAAAAUAUUAAAAAUGUCAAACUCAAUGCGGGAUUUAUAUAGUUUCAACCCAAACCUGAUCUUUAAAUCAGAUGAAACAUCUUUAGAGGAAUUCUACAUUAAUGGAAAUAAGUUCGUUUAUGCGCUCGGUGAUGAAGAUCAUAAACUACCGUCAACUUUAAGGAUUGCUGAUUUUUCAAAUAAUAUACUGAUGAAGUUUUGUUUCGACAUGCCCAAUUUAUUAGCCUUAGAUUUACGAAAUAAUUCAUUGGGUGUGUAUCUUGCUUCGAACAGAUAUACUUAUUCGAAUGAAACUACUCUAAAACAAGUAGAUUUAUCUUUAAAUGAAAUCCAUGAUUUGACCUUUCCGAUAUUUCAUGGUCAUGCCUAUACAACAAAAAUAAAUCUAAGCUACAACAAGUUAACUGAUAUAUCUUUUGAUCUUUCACAUUUAGUCCGACUUGAAAUUCUUGAUCUCUCGCAUAACAAUAUUUGGAGUGUUUCUAAACUAAGUUCGCUUGACAUUUUACACACAUUAUCAACCUCAGCAAAACUCAAUUUAUCUUAUAAUAGGCUAAAGUGUAGCUGUAAAAAUCUACCAUUUAUUCAAUGGCUUUUAGAAAAUCGUAAUAUGAUGGUCCAGAGUAAGGGCUACAAUUGCCGAUAUGAAAAUGGACAAAUUGCUGACAUGAGAGAUGCUAGUCUAAUAGAUAUAUUGUUAAAAAAAGACUGCAGAUCAUAUACAAUACUAAUAGUUGGUGUUACGGUAGCAUUACUUAUCGUGCUCAUUCUUCUGUUUGCAGGACUAAUAUUCAGGUAUCGAUGGAAACUACGCUAUUUGCUUUACAUGACAAGGCAUAAAUAUAAAUUAUACAAAAGCAUUCAAUCUAGCAAACAUUAUAAAUAUGACGCAUUUAUUUCUUAUGCGAAUGCUGAAACGGGAUUCAUUUCGAAUGAGCUCAUUCCAAAUUUAGAAAGAAAUCACAACUUGAAAUUAUGCAUACAUCAGCGUGACUUUAUACCAGGAGAAGAAAUUACCCAAAACAUAACGAAUGGAAUUCACCAAAGUAAAAUGACAGUUUGUAUUUUAAGUCAGUCAUUUUUAGAUUCGUACUAUUGCAUGUUUGAAUUCAAUAUGGCAAGAAUGGAGAGCAUCUAUGCAAGAGAAGGUAAAAAUGUGCUUUUUCUGAUAUUAUAUGAGCAUAUUCGACUAAAAGACAUGCCAUUGGUUAUGUUAGAAUUCGUUGAACAGCAGUCUUACAUAGAGUAUCCUAGAGAUGAACAGGGAAAUAUUGUCUUUUGGGAAAAACUGAAGGACGCUUUAUUAUGAGCAGUUAGGGAUAAUAAUUUGAAUAAAAGAUCAAUCAUAGUUUAUUUACACCCAAGCCGUUUAUGAUGUGGUUCGUUUCUUUUGUUGUUGUGUAUAUAGAUCUGAAUUUUCGUCGUGCAUUGAAUUAUGAACAAAGACCGUUUUAUGCCAUGUUGAAGUAUAUUUAUGGCUAUAUAUACAGUUUGUACUUUGUCUUCUUUCCUUCUAUCCGUUGUUUGCUUUUUUAUGUGCGCGAAUGAGGUGUGAUGUUUACCAAGAUCCCAAUAUGCAUGCAUGACUUACAUACACAUUUCUUAUAUAAAAAUAAGAAGAUGUGGUAUGUUUGCCAAUAAGAUAACUCUUCAAUUAGAGUCCAAGAACAUGGGACAUAGAAAUUAAAGACUAUUGGUCACCGUAUGACCUUCAACAAUGAACAAAAACCAUACUGCAUAGUCAGUUAUAAAUGGCUCCGAAAUGACAAAUGUAAAACAAUUCAAACGAAAAAAAACAAACGAACAACAAGUAUUAUAUACAGCAACAAACAACAAAUUUACAACUGAUUUACUGGCUUCUGACUAUGGUCAGGCACAUGAAGAAUUUGGCGGUUUUGAACGAGUUUACUCGCGGCAAACCCUUUCCAUAGCUUUGGACAGUAGUGUUACAGUUCAUAGUUUUUACCUCUUUAAUAGAUUACAAUAGCUGUAUUUUGCAAAACUUUUAGGAUUUUUGUUUCUCAAUUAUUUUCAACUUCGUCCUUUAUUUGGUCUUUAUAACACUUUUUUGAUUCGAGCGUCACAGAUGAGUCUUUUAACAAAAAAGAAAAUAUUCCAAUCUAUGUUACCAUAAAUAAAAAGACGAUAUUAACUUCAACAUGUUCGAGGAACACAAACAACAGUUAUAGAACAGAAAGGGUAAAGCAGAUUAUAAAACAUAACAUUACUUAUUUUGCUAUACAUUUGUUAUACUAGAUGUUUGAAUCUAAAAUGGCAAAAAUUGCAAGUGUUUUUUUUUUCAAGUGAUGUCAGAUAUACUCUUACAUGUAUUUUUAAAAAGACAUAUAUGUUUAUAUGAUAAUACAAGAAGUGUUAUUUGUG